GUGGCGUGGGGGCACCGGCGAUGAGAGCACCUUCCGGGGAGGUGGCUGCUGAGGUGGAAAGUGCAGGAGUGGGAGAGAAGGACGAAGAGGAGGUGAUGGCGACGGACCUGGGGAGGGGGAGACGCUCCGUCUGGCUGAGGCGCCACCCGGGCUGGGGUCACUGUUCCAGGACCUGGUACAGCAAACAAAAGAAAGACUGAACGGAAGAGAGGAAUCCAACAAAGAUAACUUUGAAAACACUGAAUGCAGCAAUAAAAGAACAAUGGAUCUCAAGUUCAACAGCUCCAGGAAAUAUGUUUCUAUCUCUGUGCCAUCCAAAACCCAAACAAUGUCACCACACAUCAAGUCAGUUGAUGACAUCGUAGUACUUGGCAUAAAUCUCAGCAAAUUUAACAAACUUACUCAAUUUUUCAUAUGUGUUGCUGGAGUUUUUGUAUUUUACCUAAUUUAUGGAUAUUUACAGGAAUUAAUAUUUUCAGUGGAGGGUUUGAAGUCUUAUGGCUGGUACCUUACUUUAGUGCAGUUUGCAUUUUACUCUAUAUUUGGCAUGAUAGAACUUCAACUUAUUCAGGACAAAAGGAGAAGAAUACCAGGAAAAACCUACAUGAUAAUAGCUUUUCUAACUGUGGGUACUAUGGGGUUAUCAAACACUUCCUUGGGCUACCUGAAUUAUCCUACCCAAGUCAUCUUCAAGUGCUGCAAAUUGAUUCCUGUUAUGCUAGGAGGAGUUUUUAUUCAAGGAAAGCGUUAUAACGUUGCAGACGUGUCUGCAGCAGUAUGUAUGAGCCUUGGCCUGAUAUGGUUUACCCUAGCUGACAGCACAAUCGCUCCAAACUUCAACCUGACUGGUGUGAUGCUUAUUUCCCUGGCACUGUGUGCAGAUGCUGUCAUUGGAAAUGUUCAAGAGAAAGCUAUGAAACUGCAUAACGCUUCUAAUUCUGAAAUGGUUUUGUAUUCAUAUUCAAUCGGUUUUGUGUACAUUUUAUUGGGAUUGACAUGCACUACUGGAUUAGGCCCUGCAGUCACAUUUUGUUCAAAGAAUCCAAUUCGGACCUACGGUUAUGCUUUCCUUUUUUCCCUCACUGGGUAUUUUGGAAUCUCAUUUGUUCUGGCUUUGAUUAAAAUUUUUGGUGCACUUCUUGCAGUAACAGUGACAACUGGAAGAAAAGCAAUGACCAUUGUGCUUUCAUUUAUAUUCUUUGCUAAGCCAUUCACUUUUCAGUAUGUAUGGUCUGGUUUGUUAGUUGUCCUUGGUAUAUUUCUCAACGUUUACAGCAAAAAUAUGGAUAAAAUAAAACUGCCAUCACUUUUUGAUCUGAUAAACAAAGCAGUAGAAACAAGAAAGUCAAGAACUUUGGCACAAACAGUAUAGCAGUGGUUCAUCCUGUUUAAAAUAGAAUUUUAAGGAAACAAUAAUCAAUUAACUCUCCAAAGGGAUUGUUGGGAAAACUGAAGGAUCCGAAGGCAUAUAGUUGUUGAUACGUUUGUGGAUGGGUUACGAAUGAAGUAAUUUGUGGCAUCAGCCUUUUCUUCAGAACGCUCGUUUGACUAACCGAUUUCCAAAGUAAUCAUGAACCGCACGUAGCACAUCUUACAGCAAAAUGUCAACAUGAAGGACUGUCAUUCCUAUCAGUUUCUUGAAAAUUUCACUGGACAUGGACCAUGUGACAAGACUAGUGAAUGACAUAUCAAAGAAAUUGAUAUGUAAUAACAGAUUGUUUUUUCUUCAUUCCAUUGUGGUGGUGUUAUUUAAAUUGAUUCUCUGUUUUAAGAGUAAAUGGAUGAUUUAAAGUGUGCAGAAAAUAAUAUUGAUUAUAAAUAAAAUUCUGUGAUUGUUUUUUCAAA